AUGUUCGCUGACGGCACCCGUCACUAUACGGAUGGUGCUGGGUUGGAUUUCAGUAUUGAUCUGCUUCCGUUGACAGUGUUGGAUUCUGAUCCUGGGCCGAGCUUCGAGCAUUCUACCGCUUACGGCCGGAGCUCUUGGCAAGCUCCGAGCCAGAUGAACCUUGAACUUUCAUAUCGCAAAAACGGUGGAGAGGGGUUCUAUGUCACGAUGUUCGAUGGAUCCCUUCAGUACAUGAGUCGAGAACAGUCUUGGACCGAUCCAACGCCUUGGUAUCCGAGCGGGAGUGUUUGGCAGGGGAACGGGGCGACACCUGAGGCGGAUCGGGAUCGUGUGUAUGACCUUGCGCGUGAGCAGCGGUCGGCGGCGCAGAAGCGGCGGCGGUCCAAGGCGCGCGAGACGCUCGAUGGUGAGCGGAUCGGGGGGAAGCGUCGCGCGGAUCCGUUGAUUGAUUGGGUGCUCCGGAUCGUGGAGAAGGAGUACGGGCACGCGAAGCGCGUGCGUGAGCAGUCUCCCGAUGCGGCGGAUCUGCAAGAGGGUUUGGUUAUUGAGUUGACGAGGCGGCGCGCGACGGUGCUGCCGAGCGGGGAGGACGAUGCUGAGAAGGCGGUGUUUUGUCGACUCAGCGCGGAGCUGGCGGCGCGGCAGCAGUCGGGGAUCGCGGUGGGGGAUCGCGUGGUGUUUACCAAGCUCGACGCGAAGGACGACGAUGAAGAGUUGUUCGAGGUCGUGAGCGUGAUGGAGCGGACGAGCAAGCUGGCGCGUCCAGAUGCGCACGAUGUACGUCAGGAGCGGGUCGUCGCGGCGAAUGUCGAUGUGAUCGUCGUGGUGGUUUCUGUUGUAUCGCCUCCGCUUCAUCCGCGGCUGAUUGAUCGGUACCUAGUAGCGAUCGAGGCGGGUGGGUGCGAGGCGGUUAUCGCGGUCAACAAGGUGGACCUGCUUGAUGAUUCCAAUCGGGAGUCGGAGCUGAGCAAGCUGGAGCCGUAUCGGGAAGCGGGGAUUCCGAUCGCGGUGUGUGCGGCGGUUCCGGGUGAUGAUUCAUCGUCGCGCGUCGAUGAGCUGCGGGAGUUGUUGUCUGGGAAGACGUGCGCGUUUGUGGGGCACUCUGGGGUUGGGAAGAGUUCGCUUGCCAAUGCACUCGAUCCGGCGCUUGGGCUGGAGACGGGUCGUGUGCGCGAGCGGGAUCAGCGGGGUCGGCAUACAACGACGGCGAGCUCGAUGCACUUUAUUGAUGGCGCGGGCGGCGAGCAGAUCCGCGUGAUUGAUACACCUGGGGUUCGGUUCUUUGGGCUUGCGGAUAUUUCUCCGGAAGAGCUGCGGUGGAUGUUCCCUGAGUUUUUGGAGUACACGCACGACUGCAAGUUCAAUGAUUGCUCGCACGAUCAUGAGCCGGGCUGUGCGGUCGAGGCGGCGGUCAAUGCGGGGGAGAUUUCAGCGGUGCGCUACGAGACAUAUCUGCGGCUGCUUGAAGAACUCAAGACGGGUGGAAAGCCGAAAGAUGUGAGUGAACGGAUCCGUCCUGCGAUCGAGGAUGAAUAG